GUAAUAAAAUAUGCUUCAUAUCUGAAUGAAUUUACUUCUCAAAAUAAUUUAAAAAACCUUUUCUAUUAUAAGGAUUGCUCAAAAUGCCAGAUAUUUUCUACACCUCGUCUAUAGUAUUACAUGUAGAGGUUGGUUAUUGACAGGAAUUGUAUUUGCGUACAAUCUAACGUAACAUAUCAGUGGAAAAAUAAUCAUUAUGUCGCAAGUCAAAGGUGAUGGAAAGAGUCGUGGACAUCGCAGCAACAAGAAAAUUAACAUCGAUGAUAGAAAACAAGAGAACGUGGAAAAUAUGGACGAAAAUAGUUUAAUUGUACAACAAUUUCAAGCAUAUGCGGCUGAAUUAGACGAUAAACAUGAUCGUUUCGAGAGAAUCGUCAAAAUUGGCAGAGACAUUAAUAUAGAAAGCAAAAGAAUAAUUUUUCUUUUACACACCAUAGAUAAGAAAAGUAAACAAGAAAGUGUGUUAUAUGAAGCUAAUUUGAGAUUGCAAAAAGUUGCACAACAUCAAUUUAAAGCUAUUGCAUUUGAAUUAAAGAAUCAAGAUCCGUAUCUUUAUCUCAAAGGUUAUCGUAAUGGUUUGGAAGAAUACAUAGAAGCUGUUACAUUUUAUCAGUACUUAAAAUGUGGUAACAUGGAAAAUUGGCUAGAAUUGGAGAAAACACUUACUUAUACAUUUCCUGAGAAAUCUAAAACCAUACAGAUUUUAAUCACUCCAUUUGAAUAUAUCUUAGGGAUUGCAGAUCUGACUGGAGAAUUAAUGCGUCAAUGUAUUAAUAACUUGGCAUUGGGAGACAGAGCUAGUUGUUAUCAAACAUGCAACUUUGUUAGAAAUAUAUACAAAGGUUUCCUUGGUUGUGCAAGUGUAUCAAAUAGAGAAAUACACAGGAAACUUUCCACACUUAAACAAAGUCUCCAUAAAAUAGAAAGCGUUUGUUAUACGAUUAAAGUAAGAGGUUCAGAAAUACCAAAACAUUUGCUUGUAGAUGUGGCUACUGAAGAAUAUGCAGACAGUGAUGAAGGAUAUCAAGCCUAUUAAGAAACUAAAUACUGUGGACCCUUGAAUUCUAAACACUUAAUUUGAGUUAUUCAAGUUUCAAAUUAAACUUUUGUCAUAAAUUGAAUUACUUUUGCAGAACACCAAAAUUUAUCAAAUAUAAAAAGUGAAGUUGUAGAAAAGUUGUUGCUUAUUCAAUUUCAAUGAUUUUUGAAUAAAAUAUCAGCAUUUUGAACAACUUUCUGUAUGUAUAACCGACAGUUGGAUUUAGUUUCUGAGAUAUUUGCAAAAAACUGUUGAUAUCACUAUAAUGAAUUCUGCAUGGCCACUUAAUAAAGCUUGCAUAAAAUUAAAUUUAUUUUCUGUUCUAUAGGUAUAAACGUUGCAAAUAAAUGGUAUAUACAGUUAUGAACAAAGAUUAUAAACGUCAGAAGACAUUCAUUUGUUUAGAAAUUAUUUGUAAUAUGAAGUUGUAAAGUAUGAUAUAAAAAUGAAAGCAAUGCCAGCUAUGCUUAUAAGUGUGUCACAAAUAGAUAAAAUUCAAUAUGCUGGUACUGGCAAUUUUUUGCGAGUAUCUCGGAAAUUAAAUCCAAUUGCCGAUUAUACAG